AUGUCUGUGCGGGUGCGCCUCGAGGGCUGCAAGCACUUCUUCACCUCCGAGGAGGACUUUUUCUGGAACUGGAUGGACUUUGUGAUCGUUCUGCUGGGCGUGGUGGACCUUUGGGCAGUGCCAAUUGCCUCGCUGGUCUUCAGCGUGAACAUGACCAGCGGCUUUGGGCGCUUGGUGCUGCUGGUACGCAUGCUGAGAAUGCUGCGGAUCUUGCGGCUGCUGAAGCUGGUGAAGGCCGUUCGGCCCUUGUACUCCUUGGCCCUCGGCGUGACCCAGGCGAUGCAGAGCAUCUUCUGGGUGCUGGUUUUCCUGGUGGUCACGCUCUACGCCUUCGCCAUCCUCGCCACCCGCUUGCUGGGCCAUUCGAAGCAUAUCCAGGACGACCCGGACCUGCCGGCGCCCAGCAAGGACCUCUUCCGGUCCAUUUGGGAUUCGCUCUUCGCGCUCUUCAGCAUCAUGAACCAGCAGAACUGGGAGUCUAUCGCGCCCUUGCUGGAGAAGAUCCCGGCCAUCAAGCCCGUCUACGUGCUCUUCACCAUUUGCUCUUCCUGGGCACUGCUGUCAGUGCUGACCGGUGUGGUGAGUGAAAACAUGAUGGCUGUGCGGGAGUCCCAAGCGCAAAAGGACGAGGAGGCGGUGGAGGAGCGCAGGAUUUGGCUCGCGAGGUGGCUCCGGGGCGUGUUCGCGGCGGCGGACAAGGAUGGCAGCAUGACGCUGGAGCGGAGUGAGUACCGUGAGCUGUUGAAGUCACCCUUCCAUUUGAAGCGCCUCCAGCAGGUGGCCAAAGUGCCGAUGCAGGAUCUCAUGCAGAUGUUCGAUAUCCUGGAUGUCGAUGGCAACGGCCUCAUCGAGUUCCAGGAGUUCCUCAUUGGCUUCGAGUGGCUGAACGAGCCCAUCUCGGGGAAGUCUUUGCUGAAGCUGGGCCACGAGAUCAGGGUCUCCUGUCAACUUGUGGAAAAGCUCCUGGCGAACUUGAGUGAGGAGCUGAACCAGGUGUGUUCCCGACAGCUGGCCAACCAACAUAACCUCGAGGAGAAGUUGCGACAGGUGUUGGAGGCCAGGAAGAAGAUGAAGGAGGAGUACGAGAAGACCUUGGUGGCCCAAGCCGACGCCAUCGCCUCCCGUACGGAGCUGCGGCGCGCCAUCGGGGCCUACAAGGAUUCCACCUUCUCUGAGGACGGAGACGUGGUCAUCCAGACACCCGACCCGUCGUCCAAGAAGGACGAGGUGAUCCAAACCCCAGACGCCUCCACGAAGAAGGAAAAUCUGCGGAGGGUCCAGGAGGAGACCGAGGCUUACGGCUCCAGCUAUCGCAUGAUGGAGGAGGAUGAGAGCAAGCCGGCGAGCCCGUCUGGUGCGGAGAAGGCCGCCGCAUUGCGCACGGGGAUGGCGCGGUCGCAGUCGAUGCAGCCUUUCUGA